GGGGGCAGAGCGGCCCGGCCCGGGGCUUCUCUCGCCUCUCCCCUUGAGCCCCGCCCCCCUCCUCGACCCGGCUCCGGCUUCGGUUCCGGCUCCGUGUGGCGGCUCCCGUGGGGUGCAUGUGAUUUCAGAGUCCUUGGGGACAGAAUGACACGAUGGAUGAUGGGGGCAACCCCUUCCUUCCAGACAGUAUUAUUUACCAGAUCUUCUUGAGCCUGAGCCAUGAAGAUGUGCUAGCUGCAGGGUUGGUGUGCCGCCAGUGGCAGGCAGUGUCUCGAGAUGAGUUCCUGUGGAAGGAGCUGUUUUACCGAUACUACCAAGUGGCCCGAGAUGUCCCCCGUCAUCCAGCUGCUGUCUCCUGGUAUGAGGAGUUUCAGAGGCUCUAUGACACCAUCCCUUGUGUGGAAGUACAGACCUUGAGAGAACAUACUGAUCAGGUCCUCCAUCUCAGCUUUUCACAUACAGGAUACCUGUUUGCAUCCUGUUCCAAGGAUUGUACUGUAAAGAUCUGGAACAAUGACCUGGCCAUCUCACUCCUGCAUAGUUCCAACAUGAGGCCUUACAACUGGAGUUACACCCAGUUUUCCCAGUUCAACCAGGAUGACACACUGCUCCUUGUGUCAGGAGUCUUCUUGGGGCCCCACAAUUCUUCAUCAGGAGAGAUUGCUGUCAUCAGCUUGGACAACUUUGCUCUCCUCUCACGAGUACGAAAUAAGCCAUAUGAUGUGUUUGGAUGCUGGCUUAAUGAAACCAACUUGAUCUCUGGGAAUCUACACCGGAUUGGAGAUGUCACAUCCUGCUCUGUGCUCUGGCUCAACAAUGCCUUUCAGGAUGUCGAGUCAGAGAAUGUUAAUGUGGUGAAGCGGCUCUUCAAAAUCCAGAACCUCAAUGCCAGCACAAUCCGCACUGUGAUGGUGGCAGACUGCAGUCGCUAUGACAACCCUGACCUCCUGCUGGAUGCGGGACCCCAGCCAGCUUCUGUCACCACCUCUCCUUGUCGGGUUUUUGACCUGGGCAGUGAUAAUGAAGAAGAAGAUGGCUGGGAUCAACCCCCACCAGAGACCCAGUCCCUGCGGGGCUCCAAGGAGGGGUUGCGGCGCUUCCUAGAUGAUAUCAUGGAGGGGCGGGCUCGACCCGUCUUGUCAGAGCAGGAGCUGGAGAGCAAAGUUGCAGAGUUUCUGGCCCAGAGACGGACCAAAGCUCCAGAGGCCAACAUAGAGAGCAGUGACAAGAAGAAAUAUUUGAUCUUUACCACUGGCUGUCUCACCUAUUCCCCACACCAGAUAGGGAUUAAGCAGAUCCUUCCUCACCAAAUGACAACAGCAGGGCCAGUGCUGGGAGAGGAGCGGCGUUCAGAUGAAUUCUUUGACUCAUUGGAUCAUGUGAUCGAUAUCCACGGACACAUCAUUGGGAUGGGCCUGUCACCUGACCACAGGUACCUGUAUGUCAACAGCCGCUCGUGGCCCAGUGGCUCAGUGGUGUCAGACCCCAUGCAACCACCACCUAUUGCUGAGGAGAUUGACUUACACGUGUUUGACCUUAAGACUAUGAAGGAGGUGAAGAGGGCCCUCAGGGCCCACCGUGCCUAUACUCCCAAUGAUGAGUGCUUCUUCAUUUUCCUUGAUGUCAGCAGGGAUUUUGUUGCCAGUGGUGCCGAAGACCGACACGGCUACGUCUGGGACCGACACUACAACAUCUGCUUGGCCAAGCUCCGGCACAAAGAUGUGGUCAACUCUGUGGCCUUUAGUCCCCUGGAACAGGAGCUGUUGCUGAGUGCCAGUGACGAUAAUACCAUCAAAGUAUGGCGGUCUCCCCGCACCGUGCGCAUCCACCAAGCCUCUCGUCCACGGCCCCGUCCACUCUUCUUCUCCUGGCUGGGCAGCCAAAAGAGCUGAGGAAUCCCUUCUUACUAUCUUGAACUGACAAGUUCUUCUGAGGAGCAGAUACCUUGGUUUGCAGGGGAUUGUUCUAAGUGCCCAGGCCAUCAACAAAUCAGAGAGAAGUCAGACUGGUGCGGCUGGUCUGACCCAGAGGACCAUGUCCCUCACCAAGCAAUGACUUCCAUCUUGCUCUCCUUCAGGAACUGACUAGAGAGCCUGCCAAGUGACAGUGCCCGUCACCCACUUGUUUGGGACUCUCUUUUGUUGAUGGCAUCUUGGUACCGAGCUGAAGUCCUUUCCCAUUCUUGAGCUUGCAGCAUUUCUGCCACAAGAUGAGGCCUAGCCAUUAACACGAACCAUUUGGGGGGCACAGUCUGUGUGGGAUAGCAAUGUUGGCAGAAUUAGAGGAGAAAGAAGAGUUCAGACACAGACUGCUUCACCUCCGCCCUCCUCACCCUACCCUCACUCCUUCAAUUCUAGCACAGGGACAACUGAGUAGGAUUUAUGAUUAGAAAUAAUUUUACAAAAUAGGUUAUUUGAACCUUCCUUUUGCUUAGGUUUCAAUGUGUUCUAUUUCAAAGCUAGGAUUCCCAAUUUUUGAGGUUUCUAAGAAAGCUUAGUUGUAUGGGCUUAUCAGGUAGACCUGGGCCCCCUCUCAGAGGAGUUGCUCACUACCCACCUGGAAGCUAGAGACAACCAUUCUGAUCAAGGACUCAUCUCCUUAGAGGUUUUCACUUUACACUUUUUCUUUUUGUAACACUACAGUUUAUUUCACAUUUUCCCAUUGACUCACUAAAGAUAAAUGUUUCUCAAAUCUGGCUCAAAUGAGUUCAUUUGGUCCUUGAGACUUGCUUUGGUUAAAAAAGAGCUUCUUAGCUUGCUUGAACCCAGUUUGGACCUAAAGCUCUUCUGUUGCUUUGGCCUAUCUGGGGAUUUACAAACAGUUGGCACUGCUGACAGAUUCAACCUAUUAAAGAAUGAUACAGUUACUACAGGGUCCAGGGAUGGAGGUGGCUCCUUCCCCAUACUCUGAGGCUUUGCCCCAUUCUUUUCUUAAAUAACUUAUUUUGAACACCAGCAUCUAAGUAGCUUGUAACUUAGUCUGGGGCCAAUCUGGGAAGCUGCAGGGAAGGGUUGUUGGAUCUACCUUGGUGAAAACUGUUGGGCAUAGGUCCUUGUGGGGUCCUAGGAUCAACUGCAUGUCUGCCUCUCCAGUACACCUCACUCCAGCCCUGAAUAAACAUUGAAUACCCCUUG